AUGUUCAAAAAUUUCCUCUUUUUAUUUCUAAUCGCUCCUAUUUACGCUAUAAAUGUCCUCGUAUUAUCCCCAGCUUUCGGUGGAAGUCAUAUGAAUUUUAUGGCUCAUUUAGCGGAUACACUCACGGAGGCGGGGCAUAAUGUGACAUUCCUCAUUCCGGUGGCUGAUGAAGCAAGGAAGAAUCAAUUGGGGGUGAAGGUGACGACGGAUGUGGUGAUAGUGGAGCAAGACGAAAUAAUGUCAAAAGAGACACUCGUUGUCGACGAUCACAUGGAUGCGAUGUGGACGCUAGACACCCAUGAACCAAAUUUCGAAGAGAUGUUCUCAUGGUUCAAUCGAAUCAUGGAAUCAUCAUGCGCCAAUUUUCUUCGCAACACGGAAGUUUUUGAAUUGAUGAGGACAAGAAACUUCGAUGUGGCUAUUCUAGAGCCAUUGUCCGUUUGUGGACUGGGAUUCUUUAAGAAAUUGGGAAUCGAGAAGACGAUUCUGGCAUCGUCGUGUUCGUUAUAUGAUUUCCUUCUUCCGGAUAUUGGAGAACCCGAGGAGCAUAGUUAUGUGCCGUCGCUCUCCUCCCAAAGCGGCGACCAGAUGACUCUUAGCGAGAGAUACAAAAACUACAGAUUCUCGAAAGAAACCAAGAAAACUAUGGAUAAAAUGUUCGACAAGGAAACCGAAAUCUAUCAAAAAUAUCUGGGAUCAGAUAUUCCAGACUGGAGGGAACUCCUGCCAGCCGCUUCGCUAUUCUUCACAAAUUCCAAUCCAUAUCUCGAUUUCCCUCGGCCAGUGAUUCAGAAGACCAUUCCAAUCGGUGGGAUUUCAGUGAAUAUGGACAAGAUAAAAUCAACAAAGUUGGAUGAUCAUUGGAAUGAAAUACUAGACCAGAGACCACUCAAUAUGCUAAUUUCCUUCGGUUCAAUGGUUAAAUCCUCCCAAAUGCCAUUGGAAUGGCGGGAGAAUUUGAUAAAAGUGAUCGCCUCCCAACCGGAUGUCACUUUUAUCUGGAAAUACGAAACGAAUGAUACCGCAUUCGCUGGACACCUUGAAAAUGUGGUAUUCUCUAAAUGGGUCCCCCAGACCGCCCUUCUGAAUGACGCCCGUCUCACGGCGUUCUUGACUCAUGGAGGUCUUGGAUCCACCAAUGAAUUGGCUCACUGUGGAAAACCAGCCGUUAUGGUACCGAUAUUCGGUGACCAAGUCAGAAAUGCAAAUAUGCUCUCCAGACACCACGGCGCCAUAUUCGUUUGGAAAAAUGAUUUAGGCGAUUUCGAUGUUUUGAAAAACGCCGUACACUCCAUACUGUAUGAUGAGAAAUACAAAAGGAACGCCCGGCACUUGGCGGAUAUUUUGGAGAAUCAACCACAUCAACCAAAGGAUUUGGUGGUGAAACAUACCGAGUUUUUGGCGAGAUUCGGCCCAUUCCCAAAAAUGGAUCCCCAUGGUCGCAGUCUUCACUUCAUCGCCAGAAAUUUUAUUGACGUUUAUGCAGCACUCAUUGUAUCAUAUUUCCUUCUCGGAUCUGUUUCUUAUGUUGCUUUGCGAUUUUUAUUCUCGAAACUUCCGGUUAAACUUGUCAGAAAAGUUAAGAAGAAUCUCUGA